AUGUUUCGCUUUUUCUCGCCAAAGAACAUCUUCCUAUCACUUUCUAUUCUGCUUCUCUAUGGGGCUGUACUCGGCCUUGAUUUGGAUGUCCAUGAUCCAGGAAGCAUCAAACAGGCAGCGAAAACAGUAGCCGACGAGUUGCUUACGAGGUGGUACCAUGGCACGGAGCGUGGACAGAUAGUUGGUAUCUUACCUAACCCAUACUACUGGUGGGAAGCGGGUGGGAUGUGGGGAACGCUUAUCGAGUAUGCGUACUACACUGGAGAUACUGACUACAACGAACUCAUCGCCGACGCAAUGCUUGCGCAGGUUGGGCCGAAUUUGGACUACAUGCCGCCAAAUCAGACUAAGUCAGAGGGCAACGAUGAUCAAGCGUUCUGGGCGUUUGCAGCCUUGACAGCGGCUGAGCUGAAAUUCCCCGAUCCGCCGGAACCGCAACCGCAAUGGCUAGCAUUGGCUCAAGCAGUUUUCAAUGAGCAGACAAGCAACCGAUGGGAUACGGACAACUGCGGCGGGGGGCUGCGCUGGCAGAUCUACAACUUCAACCAGGGAUGGACGUACAAGAAUCUGAUAUCGAACGGGGGUCUGUUCCUGAUGUCUGCCCGCCUGGCGCGCUUCACGAAGAACCAGAACUACGUUGAUUGGGCUAACAAGGUGUACGAUUGGCUUGGAACCACGGGGAUAUAUGUUGAUUAUCAUGCCUAUGACGGAUCCGAUAUCAGCAAACAGUGCAAGGACGCGGAUCAUCAUGAGUGGUCCUAUAAUAAUGGCGUGAUGCUGGCUGGGUCUGCAUAUAUGUAUAACCAUACAGGCGAUCCCAUCUGGCACGACCGCGUCCACGGUCUUCUCAAUGUCACCCUCGCCCAUUUCUUCCCCACGGAUCCUAAAUUCGGCAACGGUACAAUCAUGUCAGAAUAUGACUGCGAGGUCAUGAACAUCAUAGACCCGAAGAACCUACCCUGCAACAACGACCAGCGUUCCUUCAAAGCCUACUCCACCCGUUGGCUCGCUGUGACGACUCAGCUCGUGCCCGACACGCGCGACCUCAUUCUGCCUAAGCUCCGCACGACCGCCCAAGCCGCCGCGGCGCAGUGCUCGGGUGAGCCGACGGGCUCAACAUGUAGCCAAUAUUGGUUUGCUCCUAAAUUCGAUGCCACAAACGGUCCUGGGGAACAGAUGAGUGCGCUGAGCGUCAUCAGCGGGCUGCUAAUCGAGUUGGACUCGACGCCACCACCAGUGAGCACGGAUGAUGGCGGGACAAGCAAGGGGAAUCCGGAUGCUGGAGAGGGGAACUCAGACGAGAAGAAGAUUAAUGCCAAUACGGGCCCGAUUACGACUUCGGACAAGGCAGGUGCGUGGUUCUUGACUAUGUUUUUCGCGCUGGCGUUCUCGUGCUUAGGGUUGUGGCUUUGCAACGACAGGACAGAUACGGAUGGAUGGUCGACGCUUUGA